UAUAAGUUCAAAACAUAGGGAAAAUAUAUUCACAUAAAAUUUCACAAGGUUCAUUCCCCUUUUUUAGUUUCUUAAGGUGGUAGGGCAGGAUGCCUAGCAACAGACAAAGCAGAACCAUGUGAAACAUAACUAAUAGCUUCACCUGGUAUGUUCUAAACAUUUUUCAAUGGCAUUCACUAUCCUAUCCACGUUUUUAAGGUUUGCAGAUUGCUAUCUCCUUCUAUAUAUUUAGGCAGUGAAAAUGCCAUUUAAAACCAAGUCUUCAGUCUUCAUAACACAAAAGCUUUCAAUCACUAUAAAAUCUUUUAGCUUCUUUUUCUACUAUCCUUUUUCUUCUCUAAGAUGGGUAUCCAACUAAUGGGACUAGCUCAUGCCAAACAAAAGCUCCAGCGAACGCUUUCAGGAAGAAUUGGGAAUGCAUUGGCAACAUCAAAUGUUCCAAAAGGCCAUAUUGCGGUUUAUGUUGGGGAAGGCAACAGGAAGAGAUUUGUGAUUCCGAUUUCUUACUUGAAUCAUCAUCUGUUUCAAGACCUGUUAAAUCGAGCUGAGGAAGAAUUCGGAUUCAACUAUCCAAUGGGUGGUCUCACAAUUCCAUGCAGUGAAGACUACUUCAUUAGUUUAACUACGUCAUUGAACCGUUCAUAGAUGCUUCCAGCACCAAAACUGUUGUAGAAACAUUGA